AAGUACGAGUACAACAAGUCUACCCGCCAUGAAGAUCUACUCGCUCGCCGUCGUGCUCGUCCCGCACACCGGCGCGUCCACCAUCCUCGCCCAUGCGUCUGACUUGUCGUCGUUCUCGUUCUACCAGCGCGGCAGCGUCGGCGAGUUCAUGACGUUCUUCAGCAAGACCGUCGCGGAGCGCACGCCGCAGGGACAGAGGCAGAGCGUGCAGGAGAACAACUACGUCGCGCAUGUGUAUAACCGCGGCGGGGCGGAGCAGCUCGCGGGUGUGAUCAUCACGGACCAGGAGUACCCCGUCCGCCCCGCGUUCUCGCUGCUCACGAAGGUGCUGGACGACUUCACGGCCAAGGUCCCGCAGUCGUCGUUCGGGAACACGUCCGCGAUCUCCUUCGGCGAGCUCAACGCGUACCUGCAGAAGUACCAGGACCCGCGGCAGGCGGACGCGAUCAUGAAGGUGCAGCAGGAGCUCGACGAGACGAAGAUCAUCUUGCACAAGACCAUCGAGUCCGUCCUCCAGCGAGGCGAGAAGCUCGACAGCCUCGUCGACCGCUCGAACGCCCUCUCGGCGCAGAGCAAGAUGUUCUACAAGACCGCAAAGAAGCAAAAUUCGUGCUGCGUCAUCAUGUGAACGGAUUGUCCUCGUGCCGGAUGUUUUGAACUAUAGAAGGGAGGCAGAGCAGGAGAACUGGAUGGUGAUGUGAUGCCUCUUGCAUAUAGCUGUAAUAUACUUAUGAGUGUAAUGAUACAACGGACGCUUAUACC